AUGUUCGCUGUUACGGAAGACUGUGUGGAGCCGACGAAGGGCUGGAUCAACCGUGAAGGAAAGCCGUUGCUGACGGUGUGCUUUAUGCACAGCUUUGGCAAAUGUGUGGGGCGCACCAACUCGAACCCUGCAACGUGUUUCCAGAUCCACAUCAAGGCGAACAUCCUCAAUUCUCUCCGUAAGCACUACAUCAACCCCACUCGCCGCUUUUUCGCUCGCACGGUGAAGGCGCUGCUCAGCCCAGAGCUCCGCCAGCUGCUAUGCAUGCGUGCAAACAAGGAACUCAAGGUGCAAUACCUUGAGUACCGCGUCACCGACGUCUUUCCCUCUACAGGUCUUCUGCAAUACGAAGAAGCAUACCGGCGAUGGCUGUUCUCAGCUGACACAAACGCAGAACACGCCGGCGCCAUUGCUGUUCUGCAGUGCCUGCAGUUUUCCACGACUGGGUCAUGCAGCUUCAGCACUGAUUGCCCGUGCAUUCACGCCGAUCUCAAGAAGGCGCAGGCGCGUGAUCCGAUCCUGGCACGCGCUCUGCGGGAUAUUAGUGAAGUCACCCAGGGUCUCCCGACUGUGUCCACCCGAGUGCCAAGGUCGCUGCAGCCGGGCUGCCUGCAGAGCUUCUCUCCCGUCGAUGGCUCGUACGCCAUGCUCGCGGACGGCGCCCAGCCUCGGAACAGGAUGGUGUCAGACUCACUUCGGGACUUCAACACGGUACCUGCUUUCACCCUAGUGUGCGGUGAGGGCGAAAGUGGUGGCUGCCAUAUACAGCUUCAGAUGCAUCCACACGAGUCGAACGCCUCUUCAGUUAGAGGGCACGCAAGCGGUGGACAUCACCUCAACCGUGUGUCCUUGUUUACUCAAGAUGAGCCAGCGUCGGAGACAAUCUCGAGCAAAGUCAUGCCCAACCGUACCAAGCACCACAAUAUUUCCUCCGACGGAAAGAAUAGCAGCGACUUGGUCCGUAGCAGCAGCGAGGAAGUGAGCGGCACCAACCACCACACCGGCAGCAGCGGCAGCGGACGUGACUAA